GCAGCAGCCUGAAUGAGUGAAGCAGCCUGGCUACUCUGAGGCUAGCAUUAGCCACACUGUAGUGUCAGUACUGCAGGCACAGCAGGACACUUUAACACUUUAACUAUUUACACUUUCCCAGCAGCAGCUUUUCACCGUCGUCCCGUUAACGGCAACACCCUGUUGUUCUGAGAGGCUGAUAGAAACGGCAGCAGGGCGACAGGCCGCAGAUGGAGCCGGGCACGUCGCGUGAAAUUCCGAGCGCCGCGCGGUUCCCUACUCCGGCCGGUGAGCGAGAGGAGACCCCGGGGGAGGAAGCGAGAGGCGGAGAGGGGAGCACCGGGAUGCUGAGGCGGAGAGGAGCGGACGAAGACACCGCCGAGGAGGAGAAGGCUCAGUGUGAGGAUGAACAGGAGGACCGGAUGAAAACCGGAGAAGAGGAGGAUGCUAUCGACAAACACGAGGAGGAACUGGACCCAAGAAUUCAGGAGGAGCUGGAGCAGCUCAACCAGGCCAGCGAUGAGAUCAACAAGCUGGAGCUGCAGCUGGAUGACGCCAGGUCCAGCUACAGAAGGAUCCUCACUGACUCUGCCAGGAAGCUCAACGCUCAGGGCUCCCAGCUUGGUGCCUGCAUUGAGAAGGCAAGACCUUACUAUGAAGCCCGCAGGCUCGCCAAAGAGGCUCAACAGGAGACCCAGAAGGCAGCUCUGAGGUAUGAGCGAGCCGUGUCUAUGCACACUGCUGCCAGAGAGAUGGUGUAUGUCGCAGAGCAGGGCCUCCUGGCUGACAGGAACACCAUGGACCCAACCUGGCAGGAGAUGCUGAACCACGCUACUGCUAAGGUGAACGAGGCGGAGGAAGAGCGCCUCCGCAGUGAGCGGGAGCACCAGCGCGUCACUCAGCUCUGCCAGGAAGCUGAGGCUCGAGUCCAGACCCUCCAGAAAGCCCUGAAGAAGGUCAUCCUCAAAUCCAAACCUUAUUUUGAACUUAAGGCUCAAUUCAAUCACAUUCUGGAGGAACAUAAAGCUAGAGUGGUCCAGCUGGAGGAGCGGGUGGCCAAAGUAAAAACCCGUUACUCUGUGGCCCUGCGGAACCUGGAGCAGAUCAGUGAGCAGAUCCACGCACAGAGGGGGCAGAUCAGAGCCAGCAGGGGGCAUCCUGCAGUCUGCGGGGGGCGGAGCUCCCCUGUAGGCGCUGAAGCUGAGGUCAGAGCCGCUACAGGGUUUCGCAUCGGCAGCACUUGUGUGGGAGUUAGCGGAAUAGAGAGCAACUGGGUGGACGGCGAGAAAACCAGGCUGUGGGUAGAGAGGCACAGAGAGAGCGGCUGGGGCCAGAGGGAGCGGCAGGAGGAGGAGCAGGCUGGCUCUGACUGCAUGUCAGUCAUCAGCCUGCAGACCAUCGCUUCUGACCUGGAAAAGUGUGACUCAGUGGAGCACCUGGGGGACCUGAGCGACGCCGGGAGCAUGCUGGGUGAGGAGUGGGAGCGCGGCAGGAAGCCUAAUGAGAGGCCAGUCAGCACGGAGGUCGGAGCUGAGGGGCCCCAGCUGGAGAGGGCCCAGCAGGAGAAGGAAGCGGUCAGUAAAGAGAAGCAGGAGAGCUUCAUUAAGCAGCACCACCGAAGUGUUAGUCUAUGAUGGUGAGUAGGAGGCGGAGAAUGAUGAGUGAUGAGCAGGGAGGAACAUGGCGAGCCGACGAGGAGGGAUCAGAGAGGAAAUUAGAGGGGAAAGAAAAACACGCAGACUGAGAGGUGGCAGAAGAGCUGGCAGGAAUGUAAAA